AGUGUAGCGGAGCUGUGCGCAGAGUGUCCCUUGGAUGCCGGGCGGUGUGCAUGUAGUCCGAGCCUGCCAUAGCAGCAUAGCGGACAGCAGAGCUCACCUCUUCUUAUUUCCUCAUCAUGUGUCUCCGAGCCUCCUCCAUUCUCUUCCUCUUCGUGCUGGCCUCGGACUCUAUGGACUCGGUCAGAGGCUUGUUCCCCUUUGGGCAGCCCGAGUUCUCUUAUAAGAGGAGCAACUGCAAACCCAUCCCUGCCACCUUACUGCUGUGCCAUGACAUCGAGUACCCCAACAUGAGGCUACCCAACCUGCUGGGACAUGAGACCAUGAAAGAGGUGCUACAGCAAGCCUCCUCCUGGAUCCCUCUUAUACAGAAGCAAUGCCAUAGGGACACCAAGAAGUUCCUGUGCUCCCUAUUCGCCCCCGUGUGUAUUGAUGACCUGGAUGAGACCAUCAAGCCGUGCCGCUCCCUAUGUGAGCAAGUCAGGGACAGCUGUGCCCCCGUCAUGUCUGCCUUCGGCUUCCCAUGGCCAGAUAUGCUGGACUGCAGCCGCUUCCCCCAGGACAAUGACUUGUGCAUCCCACCAGCCAGCACUGACCAUCUAGUGCCGGCCACCAGAGAAGCGCCCAAAGUCUGUGAAGCCUGUAAAAGCAGCAAUGAGGAUGACAAUGACAUUGUGGAGAACCUCUGCAAAAAUGAUUUUGCCCUGAAGAUAAAAGUGAAGGAGAUCGCCUACAUCAAUGGGGACACUAAGAUCAUCCCGGAGACAAAGAGCAAAACCAUUUACAAACUGAAUGGGGUGACAGAAAGGGAUUUGAAGAAGACCGUGCUGUGGCUUAAAGACGGCCUGCAGUGUACCUGCGAUGAGAUGAAUGACAUUAACGCUCCCUAUUUAGUGAUGGGACAAAAGCUCGGAGGGGAGCUGGUCAUCACCUCAGUCAAGCGAUGGCAGAAAGGCCAACGGGAGUUUAAAAGGAUCUCUCGCAGCAUCCGCAAGCUGCAGUGCUAGGCCUUCCAUUAACUCUUUCAGCACUGGGGCUAGUCUAUUUUUUUUGUUUUUUUCUUUUUUUUUUGCACCUUCCUCCCUCGUCUGGGAACCCACCCCUUUCUGAAGUAUAACUGAAAAAGGUGGGGGGCGAUGCCUUUUGUAUGAAUAUAAUUAUUAUUUUUAUUAUUAUUUUUUAUUAUUAUUAUUAAAAAUUGAAGCAAACCUUG